GCGGGGCCGCGGGGCGGGGCCGGGCCGCGGGAGCUGUUCCGGGCCGCCGGGCAGCCAUGGCGGAUGAGGAGGAGGACGUGCCGUUCGAAGAGGACGCGGAGGACGCCGGCGGGGGCCUGGACGGCGGGCAGGGCAGGAGGAAGAGGCUGUUCUCCAAAGAGCUAAGGUGCAUGAUGUAUGGAUUCGGGGACGACCAGAACCCUUACACAGAAUCAGUGGACAUUCUUGAGGACCUGGUAAUAGAAUUUAUCACAGAAAUGACACACAAGGCCAUGUCCAUUGGGCGGCAGGGUCGGGUGCAGGUUGAGGACAUUGUCUUUCUAAUACGCAAGGACCCCCGGAAGUUUGCCAGAGUUAAAGACCUCCUAACUAUGAAUGAAGAACUGAAACGAGCCAGAAAGGCCUUUGAUGAAGCAAACUAUGGGUCUUGAUUUUGUGCACAAGCUGCACUGGAGCAUUAUUUGGGCAUCUGCUGCUCAGUAAGAAGGAAGAUCGUGUGUGUUGCUUGGAAGGGUUAUUCGGGAUGGAGGUCACUGCUGGGAUGUCUACCCUCACUCCCAGCCUUUUCUGAGAAAUAUUCAAGCAGCUGAAAUGUUACCUGAUUGUAUGUGGUAUACUUAGGUAUUUUUAUACUGUUUGAUGAAAUGAGAAAAAGAGCUGUAAAAAUUCCUGCAAUGGCAGGAGUCUGUUUGAAGUAGGCCUAUGUUCAGUCAGAUGGCUCGAGGGCUGAUGAUUCACAAUUCUCUAAAAUAAUUUCAGUUGUCACUGGGUGAUCCUGUGACAGGAAACCCAGAAAAUGGAUCUUGGUUAUCUAUAUAAAGACCUUAAGCCCAAACUACUAUCAAAGUUGUGCUCUUUGCUCUGUAUAUGCUUUUUGAAUAAAACAUGUUUGUGCUCACGUUUCACA